AUUUUUACAGGCACGAUCAAGUAUGAUAUAAUAUCAAAUCGUAGAUUGUCUACAAGUUAAUCGUAUUUCAACUGUUAAAUAUUCGAUGCAUAUAAUACGCUCAUUUUCUGAAUUAGGCCGUAUAGUUAUUGAAUUGUACAGUUGUCCUCCAGGUUGAGCGGGAAAAUCGACUUCGUUCCGUUUUCAUCCCGUGGUUGUAGGCACACGAUAACCAACCAAUAUUGAGAAAAAUUAAAGUGCUGAGGUGAAUCAUUAAAUUGUAAUGAAAUAGGUAAGUGCAAGUAUCAUUAAUAAAUGCAUUAAUAAAGGAAACACCCUAGGGUAACAACAUUCAUUUGCAAUGUAUAAUGCUACAGAUAUAUCACAAACUAUCAUGAUAUCCACUUCUGGUUUUAAUACAAUUAUCCUCAUGCCAGUUGUUUUUAUUUUAUACCUUUUUGUGCAUUUAGUGCACAACCGUACCCUUCAGAGAGUAGGAGUAUAAUAAGUAAUGAAGAGCUAUAAGAUGUUAAGUUUAAUGGAGUAAAAUGAGGAUCAAGUAAAGACGUUGUCAGAAAAUAAAUGAGAUAAGACAUUGUGGAGUGGUAUGAAAAGAUCUGACGAUAGACAGCAAGUUAAUUUAUAAGAUGCCCCAUAAAUCUGAGCAGAUCCCACAUGGUCGCAUCUCAACAAUAGGCUGGGUGAAUGGUAUAUAUUUAAAGGUAGAAGCAUGAUCUGUCAAGGCGUUCAUUGUUAUCUUUUUCAAGAUAAAGAUUUAAGCCCUCAUAAAAAUCAGAAAUAUCUCGAGCCUUCAAAUUUUUAAUGCUGUUCCUGCAGAAUGGGGCGAUUCACCUUAGUGACCGCCACCAUAUCUACCGAUAAGCUAACUCCACCCUCCCACCUUUUUUGAUGUUAGGCUCUGAGACUAUGAUUAUAGGCCAAUCAAUAUUACACCCAUAGUAUCUAGAAUCAUUGAACGAAUAGUUAAAGAUGAUAUCCUCAAACAUGUGCUCAGCUGCAAUAUUCUAAGUCCAAACCAACAUGGAUUCCUAAAAUCCAGAUCAUGCAUGACAUGUCACCUUGACUUCUUUAACUGCAUAACUAGCAGCCGAGACAAACAACAGCUAGUACUAGUCAUGUACUUCGACAUAUCCAAAGCCUUUGACCGCGUUGACCAUUUGCUCCUAAUAAAUAAGCUAAACUCCUUAGGAAUACGUGACCCAUUAUUAGGAUGGCUUGAAUCAUUCCUUAACAAUAGGCCCCAAGUAGUUAGACUGGGUUCUGUAAAUUCUAAACCUAGUCCAGUCACUUCUGGAGUAGUUCAAGGUAGCGUCUUAGGCGCCCUUCUAUUCACUCUAUAUGUCAACGACAUAUGCAGCUGUUUCUCACUUGGAAAACCAUUCAUCUUUGCCGAUGAUCUUAAAGUAGCUUACACAUUCAACUGUGAUGACUUAGGGUACUUUCAGAAAGCUGUUCAGGAAGAACUUGAUCGAGUAACCGCAUGGUCCUCCACAUGGAACCUAAAAUUCAACCUUAAAAAAUGUGGUUGGAUCUGUUUCGGUGCACCCUCAAUAAAUAUUAAACUGGUACUUGAAUCUCUUGACUUGCCUGAACUCCAAAGUGUUGUUGACCUAGGACUCAGGUACUCUAGUGACUUGACAUUUUCUGAGCAAGUGGCGACACAGACGCGUAAAUCGAGGAUGCUCUUAGGAUGCAUACUCAGGAAUUUCCACAACUACGAGGCGAAACUAUUAUUAUAUAAAACUUGUGUCAGACCACUACUUGAAUACUGUCCAUUUAUUCUCAGCAGCACUCGCGUAAGUGACAAGCUUAAAAUAGAAAGUGUCCAACGAUACUUCACGUCUAAACUACUAGGAUUUGACUGCGAAAAGGACUACACAUCAAGGUGUAUAACUCUAGGUAUCGACCCACUCUGGAUGAGACGACUGAGCAUUAACCUAACACUCUUCUUUAAAGUCUUGCAUAAAAUAUCAUUCUCAGACAGCAAGGAGAUACAGUUCUCACCGGAAGGCUCUUACAACCUGCGUAACCAAACGUGCACAGUAUCCAGGAAAAACUGUAAGACAGCACUCCGUACAAACUUCUUCAUAGUCAUGUACUCCAAGAUCUGGAACAGUUUACCCCUAGAAAUAAGGACCUGUGACUCUAUUAUAACCUUCAAACGCUUGCUAUAUAAACUGCUUCAUCCCAAUGACUAUGCCAAUCACACCGCACCACUUAUUUCCAAAACGCAUGAGAACACUAUAACGCCUAGACUCAUUAUUAAAUAUUACGACACUAAAUAAACUCUAAGACUUCGCAAAAUUACAUGAGAAACAACUAGAUUAUGGGUAGUGUUUACUAUACAAUGAUAUACAUUUAUAAACAUUUAUAUGUACAUAAAAUAAUAAUGUUCUUUCCAUAUUUACAUAAUUUAUCUCCCUGCUGAGCGU